AUGUCGAAGUUAAUUACGUUUUUAUUUAUUCAAUGCAUAAUAUCUGUUAUUGCAUUGUCUGAGUUUAGUAAAGAGAAGAAAGAAAAAAUUAUUCAUGAUUUCAUUGAGUACCUGAACAAUCUCCCAAGUCAUCCAUAUGUCUAUGAUGAGGGUGUAUUAGAGAAAGCAGUAAAAAUUGAUCCUAAUGAUGAUAUCAUUCACAUAGAAGCUAUGCUCAGAGGUGGCAAUGAAGACUUUCAGUAUGGUAAAAAAAGUGUCAAGUGUUCAGCAAACAUUAGAGAUUUGCUAGAAGGGAGCAUUUCGAUUGAGAAUCAGCCAGUAUGCCAGGAAGUAGAAGAUGUUACUACGAUAAAUACAUACAAUCCAGAUUUAGAUGAAAUAACUGAGCAGUCACCAAUUCUACUGGAUAAUGAAGAAGUAACUGAAGGGGUUAUAUCUGGUGAACAAUUUAUAGCUGUUCCAAGACGACAGAAUGUACCAUGCACUGGCUGCGCCGACCACGUCAAUCCUGAAGCUGCUGGAGUACGAGAGCUUGCUGAACUAGCAAUAAAACAUCUGGAUAAACACGAUCCUGCCGCAAAACAUAUAUUAGAAACUAUUGUUGAUAUAGAGAGACAAGUUCAGGUCGUAAGUGGUAUUAAAUAUACGCUGAUUUUGAAGAUUAAUUUUGAUAAAUGUCCAUUGCCACAAGGAGAACCUUGUUAUGAAAACCGAGCUUGUAAAAUAUCUAUACUUGAAAAAACCUGGAUUAAGUAUACCGAUGGAACGAAAUACAGAGCAAUUACUGCUAAUAAUUGUACAGAACAGUGGUUAUUUAGUGAUGACGGCGAAGUGGUUUCGGCUACCAACGGUACACGCAAGUUAAAAUUAAAAAUUAAAAUUAAAGUCAGUGAUGGUAAUCAAGCAAGUACAGAUAAAUCUAAUGAUGUUCCUUUUUUGCAAGAAGAAAUUAUAAAUGCUCAACAUGAUCUGAAAUUGGAAUCACAAUUACCUCAAGACAAAAUUCUUAGUGAGAAUGAAGUUAAAAACAUAGAGGAACAAAUUAUUCCUCACCAUAGAGUUGAAACUCUUAAAAACGUUGUACACACACGUCCAAACUAUUUCGAAACUGAUGACUCAAAACCUACCAUUUCCUCAACAAAAGAAAAAAAUCACGAAAAUCCAUACAAUACUGCAAAUCCGUCUCAGAGUGUAGAUAAAACAUCAUAUUUGUCUGAGGAGAGGAAACAAGCAAUUGAUGAUUUAUUUAAUAUUUUGAAUUCGGCUGGUUUUAAUUCUCCAGAUGAUACUCCUCGCAAUAAAAGAAGUUACGAUAGUGAUUUAAAGAUGUUAGGGGUUAUUGAAAAAUUAUAUAAGUUGAAAAAGAAUAUAAAAAAUGCUGACUUAAUAUACUCUUUAGCUCAAAAUAUGGUUGAUUAUUUGAACGAAAUGGAUAUUGAAACAAAAAACAGAAGACUAAAAGAAGUUCUUACAGCCGAGGAAGAAAUCGUAAAUUAUCAACAUUUCUACUAUAUACAAGCCCGGGUUGUUGUACCGUGUAACGAAGUAGAGUGUGAAAAUGUUGAUGGUAAAAGUAAAAUAUGUAAUGGAAUUAUUGAAUUAACUCAGAAAGAAUCUAUCCAAAUUCUAACAACUUUUUGUUAUGAUGAUCAAAAGCUGAUUUCUAAUGUUGGUAAAAUAUUUCAAGUACCUUUAGAUGAUACUUUGUUAACACACAUGAUAAACAAAGCAAUUAAACAGGUAGAGAGUGAUCUUACAAAUAAGAAUGCAAUAUUAGUAAAACAGGUCUUAGAUGCCACUACUAGGAAAGAGGCUGGUAUCAUUACAAAAAUUAUAGUCGAAAUCGUAUUCACUAACUGCAAUAAAUCAGUGUCUUAUAAAAGAAGAGAUAAUUGCACGAUUAUCGAAAACAUGGGUUCAAAAAUUUGUGAAAUUAAUAUUAUUGAACGUCAUUGGAUAAAAGAGACAAAAAUUACACAUUCAUGUAAAAAUCGAGGGAUUGAAGAAACAUUUUUGUUUACUAACUUAAACAAUCAAGGACAUAAGAACCUUCAAGAUUCAACAGUUUCAGGUAUGCUAAGCCAAGCCUUAAAAUUCUUAGAAAUAAAUUCGAACCGAAACAAUAAACAAAGAAUUAUCGAUAUUAAUAAUAUUAAUACCCAAUUAUUUGCCGGACUUCUGACAUAUAUAAACUUUACGGUUGGUUAUACAGAAUGUAAAGAAGAUUUAAUAAAUGAAAUAGACAUUGAAUCGUGCAAAUUAUUACAUAAUGAACCUAUUCGAAGAUGCCAAGUUGUAGUUUGGGAUAGACCCUGGUUAGAAGAUGGAAGACAAUUAAAUGUUACUUGUGGUAACGACGAUAACGUCUUAGAAACUAGAAAAAAAAGAUCUUUAAAAUUUGUUGGUGGCCCGUCAGAAAAAAACCCAGACGAUCCAAAGUAUCUGUUAUUAGCUGAGGAAUCAUUAGCACAAUAUUUAUUGAAUACUGGUAAUAAUAAUACAUAUAAAGUUUUGCGGAUUGAUCACGUGACAGUGCAAGUGGUUUCCGGAACUGUUACAAGUAUAAAAUUUAGCAUAUCUCCUACAGAAAGCCCUGAAAGUGUAAUCCAUUGCAGUUCACGAAUUUGGGAAAAGGUUUGGAUUAAUUUCAAAGAAGUAAGUAAUAUCACUUGUUAUAACAAGGCCUCACUAAAAGAAAAAAGACAUAUCACAGGAGGAGAAUCCGAUAAAGAUCCAAAAGAUCCUCGUUUCGUGACCUUGGCAAGAGAAUCAUUAAAUAAAUACGUCCAAAGUUCAGGUUCUUCUAAACAGCACAAGCUGUUAAAGAUUAAGAAAGUUACUACACAAGUGGUUUCCGGAACGAUGACUAGAAUUGAUUUUGAUGCUGCUCCUACGAACUGCGAAUUACUAGCUGUGGACGAAGAGAGCUCUUCCGAUUGCACAGUUGACGGUGAUGUCAUUAGUUGUCAUGCUAAAAUUUGGGAGCAACCUUGGCUUAAUAAUAAAGAUAUUACAAUAAAUUGCAAUAUAAAAGAAUCGUCUAGGAAAAAAAGAGAGACUUUGCCGGGAGGAGAAUCCGAUAAAGAUACAAACGAUCCUCGUUUCGUGACCUUGGCAAGAGAAUCAUUAAAUAAAUACGUCCAAAGUUCAGGUUCUUCUAAACAGCACAAGCUGUUAAAGAUUAAGAAAGUUACUACACAAGUGGUUUCCGGAACGAUGACUAGAAUUGAUUUUGAAGCUGCUCCUACGAACUGCGAAUUACUAGCUGUGGACGAAGAGAGCUCUUCCGAUUGCACAGUUGACGGUGAUGUCAUUAGUUGUCAUGCUAAAAUUUGGGAGCAACCUUGGCUUAAUAAUAAAGAUAUUACAAUAAAUUGCAAUAUAAAAGAAUCAUCGAGGCAAAAAAGAGAGACUUUCGUGGAAGGAUCCGAUCAAGAUCCAAACUUCUUCCUAUCUCCUCAAGAUUUUUUAAGUUUAAGUAAGACUAGAACGAAGAGACAUGUAGAUGAAGAUUACGUCGAUGAUGAUACGAAAUUCUACUUCGCUUCUCGUGCUGUUCAACAUCUUAAUGAAAAUUCAAAUACUAACAAUUUACAAAAGCUUAUAACAAUCCAUGCAUUUCAAAGUAAAACAGUUAUGCAUGAGAAUAUAAUUAGAAUGUACAUUGAAACUGCCCACACAUACUGUUUGCGUCAUCAAGAUGAAGCUGAUCUAGCUGAUUGUGAAGAGUUAUCUGGUAUGUUUCAUAAAAUUUGUUUCGUUAAAAUACUUUCGUCGCCGGAUGACGAGUUAAUUGUACACAGCAUUAAUGUUAUAUGUAAUGAUGAGAAAAGUUUUUCCACGAUCACAGGUAUAUCAUUAAAGGAUCUUAUUGUAGCAUCUAUAACGGAAUUAGAAGCUUCGCCGAAAAUUAAAAAUAAGAUUGUACCCCACGGAGAGCCUCAUUUUAUACCGCGCUUGGACCCUCAAGUUCCAAUAAAGUUGAGUUUCCUUAUUGCAUUCACUAAUUGUAGCAAAGAUGUUGAAUUUGACAUAUUUAGCCUUCAAAUGAUAAAUGACUUGCAGACGCCUUGUUCUGUUGAUUCGGUGAGACCGUCUAAAUCAUGUACAUCUUACAUUUGGACAACAGCAAAGACGAACAAAAUUAAAAGACUAAAAGUUAAAUGUUCUCUUCCACAUAUGAUGCGAAAGAGAAGAUCUAUAUCUUUGGACGUUUCGAACGCAACAUCUGAUGAGGUCACUAUUCAUAAUUUAGUCAAAGAAUCUAUAGAAAAACUGGAAAUGAUGUCACAGCAUAAAUACAAGCAGAGGCUUUUACAAAUAAAUCAUUACUCAUCUAAAAUAACUAGUGGUCGUGUUACAACUAUUAACUUUGAUGUCGGCUAUACGUCUUGUCUAAAAUAUGAAGCGGUUGAAAAUAUUACAAAUUGCCAGUUUUUAGAACAUUUACCAAGGAGACGUUGUAUAUCGACUGUUUGGCAGCGUUUGUGGUUAGAUAAUGGUAACAAUAUUGAAGUAAAUUGUGAAGAUGAUGAAACACCUUUAGAAGCCCAUGUAGAAUUCGAAAAUCCCGAACAAGCUAUGCAGAUGGCGAAAGAGGCCCUGAAACACAUCGAGGCGAAAUAUCCGCACCCUCGCCGUCAGAAAGUCGUAAGAAUAUUUUCAUUAGAAAAGCAAACUAUAGCUGGCAUACAUUAUCGCAUGAAAAUUGAAAUAGGCAAUACAAAUUGCUUAGCAUUAAGCUUGAAUGAUACAUGCAAAUUAGUUAGUAAUAUGGGCGAUAACAGAUUUUGUAGGGUCAACGUGUGGAUACGCCCCUGGACGGAUCAUCCGCCCAAUUAUCGUGUGUCCUGUGACUAUGAGGAAGGUGUUAACACCGAGAUUUACGUGCACUUGCAAGCCGAACAAUUAUUUUUUGACUUUAUAACUACUUACAGGCCUGAAUAUAUUGACGAUCAUAGUGAAAUGGCGAAACGAUUUGAAAUAUUUAAGAAUAACGUUAAAACAAUUCACGAACUGAAUGUGAAUGAGAGGGGAACGGCUCGUUAUGCAGUUACGAGAUUUACCGAUUUGUCGUAUGAGGAGUUUAGCAACAAGUACUUAGGAUUAAAGCCUGGUCUGAGAGAUCAAAAUCAAAUACCUUUUAGGAUGGCGGAAAUCCCGGAUGUGAAAAUACCAGAUAAAUUUGAUUGGAGAGCGUAUGGUGCUGUAACAGAAGUGAAGAAUCAAGGAUCUUGUGGCAGCUGCUGGGCUUUCAGUGUUACUGGCAACGUCGAGGGACAGUGGAAGAUUAAAACGGGUGAACUAUUAUCUCUCUCCGAACAAGAGUUGGUGGAUUGUGACAAACUCGAUGAGGGUUGCAACGGCGGCCUUCCUGAUAAUGCCUAUAGGGCAAUUGAACAAUUGGGUGGCUUAGAAGCUGAAAACGAUUAUCCAUACGAAGGAGUCGACGAUAAAUGUCUAUACAACAAGACGUUAUCAAGGGUACACAUAAGUGGAGCGCUUAAUAUCUCGUCAAAUGAGACUGAUAUGGCCAAAUGGCUCACACAAAAUGGACCUAUAUCGAUUGGUAUCAAUGCGAACGCGAUGCAGUUCUACGUGGGUGGCGUCUCUCAUCCGUGGCGGAUGUUGUGCAGCCCUAAAAACUUGGAUCACGGAGUCCUUAUCGUGGGAUAUGGUGUCAAAGACUACCCUCUCUUCCACAAGCAUCUGCCUUAUUGGAUAGUGAAGAACUCGUGGGGUACGUCGUGGGGCGAACAGGGUUAUUAUCGAGUUUACAGAGGAGACGGAACCUGCGGUGUUAAUUUAAUGGCUAGUAGUUCUAUAGUUUAG